UGAGGCGCAAGAAGCGCCAGCUUCAGCCAAAGGACCUGUUCUUUUGAUGAACAGCAGCGAGGUAAACUAUCUUAUAUGGAGAUACCUCCAGGAAUCGGGAUUUGAACAUACAACAUUUACAUUUCAGCACGAAUCAAGUGCUCAUUUAGAGGAUAAUAGAUGGUCUAAAGAGGUAUCGGCAGGAGCGUUAAUUAAUGUAUUGCAGAAAGGGCUGCAAUAUAUGGAAGUAGAGGCGCAUGUUGAUAAGAAUGGGAGUAUAAGGAGAUGCAUGCUUCCAUUUUCUUUGAUUGGGCGUCAUUCGUGCGAAAAUGGUGAAACAGGCAUUUCAGAAGCUAUAGAGGCGGAAUUACAGGAAGAAAAGGAGAAACAAGUGCCAUUAGAUAUGGAGGGAGAUGAGAUUAAUGAGAUGGAACAAGGGAAAUCGUUAGAACAAGUUGAAUUUUCGGAAUCGAAAGAGCCAAAAGAGCCUAUAGAAUCUAAAGAAAUGAAUAUUUUUGAAGGAACGGGAGAAUCGGGGAUAGAACAGUUAAAAAAUUCAGAAACAUGUUUUUUUGGGGAGAAAUCUCAAUUAGAGUUGGAAGUAUCUAGUACAUCGCCUACCGAUACAUCAUGGUUAACAAAAAAAAUGGAAAAAGUUGUAUUAUUGUGUGGACAUCAAGAAAAUGUGUUUACAGGUGCAUGGAAUCCUGUAUAUUUAGAUUUUGUUGCAACAGCAUCAGCAGAUGCUACUGUUAGAAUUUGGAAUUUAUUGGAAAAAGAUAGUGUUAAUAGCCUUUUAGAUAAUCUUGUUUUAAAUUGCACACCUUUAAAUGAAAAAAAAGAUAUUACUUCUAUAUCAUGGGAUAAUUCUGGUAAUUAUAUAGCUGCUGGUUCAUAUGAUGGUCAAGUUCGUAUAUGGAGUUUGGAAGGGACAUUAAAAUAUUUAUUUACUGCGCAUCAUGGUCCUAUUAUGGGAAUAAAAUGGAAUAGUAAAAAUAAUUUAUUGCUUACUGCAAGUUGUGAUAGUUAUGUUAUUGCAUGGGAUAUGUUUAAUGGUACUUUAAAACAUGUUUAUGACAAAAGACCAUGUGCUAUAACGGAUAUUGAGUGGAUUAGUGAUGAAACAUUUGCAUCUAGUGGAAAAGAUGGAUCUUUGGACUUUUGGUCUGCUGAAAAAGCAGAGUUGUUAAGAAGAUGGGAAGGGCAUUCUAAAGAAAUUAAUAGCAUUAAGUUUAAUCCUCAUAAUAAUUUACUCCUUUCAUGCUCAGAUGAUUUCACCGUAAAAAUAUGGUCUUUAGAUAUAUCAUCGCCACAAAAAAUAUUUUUAGGGCAUUCUAAAAGUGUGGUUGAGGUUCAAUGGAAACCUCAACAAAAAACUGAUAAAGUUAUUAUAUUUGUAUCAUGUUCGUUAGAUGGGACAAUAAAAGUAUGGAAUACUAUUCAGUCUUCUCCUUUGCAUUCUUUAACUCAUGGUUGGGCUUUUUUUACGAUAUCAUUUAAUCCAAGUGGGGAUAUAUUAGCUGCUGGUACUAAAGAUGGUUCUGUUAUUUUAUACGAUAUAAAUGAAGGUUAUUUGUGUGGUAAAUAUGAUAAGUCAGUAGAUAAAAACUCGAAUAAGGGUUCUGUUAUUGAGCAUGUUUUUGAUAUUUCAUGGUCAAAAAAAGGUGAUAGAAUAAUCGUAUGUAGAGCUAAUUCUGUCGCAGAGGUUAUAUAUUACGACUAAAUGAUUGGUUUUUGUACAAUUAUAUAUAUGAUGUACAUAAUAAUUU